AUGCCUCUUGGCUAUAGCUACCUGCUUAGGCGGCUAACGUCUCUCUGGAGGCCGAAAGCGAGAAUUGAACUGGUCACCAUCGACAACGGGUAUUUCCUGGUGAAGUUCUACUCUAUGGAUGAUUAUGAGUUUGCAAAAUAUGGAGGACCUUGGAUGGUCCUUGAUCACUACCUGAUUGUGAAGGAAUGGGUCCCGAAUUUUGAUCCCUUCACGGAGAAAACUGAGAAAGUAAUUGUGUGGAUCCGUUUCCCAUGUCUCCCAGCAGAGUAUUUUGAUCAGAAAUUCCUUAUGAGAGUAGGGGGGAAGAUUGGUAGACCGAUCAACAUAGAUAUGGCUACAAGUUUGGUCUCUAGGGCGAGCUUUGCGAGGGUCUGUGUGGAAGUGGAUAUCACAAAGCCACUGCUCGCCAAGUUCACGUUAAGAAACAGAGUUCGUCCUAUAGUGUAUGAGGGUCUGCAUCUCAUAUGUUUCCAGUGUGGCAUGUAUGGUCACAACGCCGAGGGAUGUGGGAAGAACGACGAUGGACAUGGCAUGCACGGCGAGACCGGGGAAAAAGAAAACUGCCCGGAGAAUUCCUCUGGUGCCGAUAACGGUCAUAAUGAAGGUGGAAAAGGUAAGAGAACCAUGGUGCGCGAAAAUACCUUAAUUAGACCUGAGGUCACCGAAGAUUACGGUUCAUGGAUGAUAGCACCGAAACCAAAAAGGAAUUACACCAAAAAUACCGAUAACAAAUUUCAAGGAGGGAAAGAGUUGGAAAAAGGAAAUCAACACCAAAAUUCGACGCAAAAAACAGGGACUAACGGGACCGGAAACAAUCAAGGAAAAGGAAAUAAAAAAGAUCAGACUAGUAGGAACACGGGAUCAUGA